CUGGCUGGCUGCAACCAGUCCGUCUUUGUACAGAGACCACAGAGCUGGGUAGUAGCUACGAACAGCAUCUAGUGCUGUUACUUUUUAGCAAUCCCAAUGAAGUGUUUGUAGAGAAUACACUGAUCCUGCCGGCAAGCUUCUUGCACGGCAGAGGCAUUGAUCAGUGUAAAGUGAAGAUCGCAUUUUAUGAGAUCUUGACUUUUGUUGUUUUUUUCUUACAAUAUAUUUUUAUAGACUUUGUUAUAAAACAUGGUGCUGGGGAAGGUGAAGAGUUUGACAAUAAGCUUUGACUGUCUCAAUGACAGCAAUGUCCCCGUCUAUUCUAGUGGGGACACAGUCUCAGGAAGGGUCAAUUUAGAAGUUACUGGGGAAAUAAGAGUAAAAUCUCUUAAAAUUCAUGCAAGAGGACAUGCAAAAGUACGCUGGACAGAAUCUAGAAAUGCUGGAUCCAACACUGCCUAUACACAGAAUUACACUGAAGAAGUAGAAUAUUUCAACCAUAAAGACAUCUUAAUUGGGCACGAAAGAGAGGAUGACAAUUCUGAAGAAGGCCUCAACACUAUUCAUUCAGGAAGGCACGAAUAUGCAUUCAGCUUUGAGCUUCCACAGACACCACUUGCUACCUCAUUCGAAGGCAGACAUGGCAGUGUGCGCUAUUGGGUGAAAGCCGAAUUGCACAGGCCUUGGCUUUUACCAGUAAAAUUAAAGAAGGAAUUUACAGUCUUUGAACAUAUAGAUAUCAACACUCCUUCAUUACUGUCACCACAAGCAGGCACAAAAGAAAAGACUCUCUGUUGUUGGUUUUGUACCUCAGGCCCAAUAUCCUUAAGUGCCAAAAUAGAAAGGAAAGGCUACACCCCAGGUGAAUCAAUUCAGAUCUUUGCUGAGAUAGAAAACUGCUCUUCCCGUAUGGUGGUGCCAAAGGCAGCCAUUUACCAAACACAGGCAUUCUAUGCCAAAGGAAAAAUGAAGGAAGUAAAACAGCUUGUUGCCAACUUGCGUGGGGAAUCUCUGUCAUCUGGGAAAACAGAGACAUGGAAUGGCAAACAGUUGAAAAUUCCACCAGUUUCCCCAUCUAUCCUUGACUGUAGUAUAAUUCGUGUAGAGUACUCACUAAUGGUGUAUGUUGAUAUUCCUGGAGCAAUGGAUUUAUUCCUUAAUUUACCACUUGUCAUUGGUACUAUUCCUCUUCAUCCAUUUGGCAGCAGAACAUCAAGUGUAAGCAGCCAGUGUAGUAUGAAUAUGAACUGGCUUGGUCUGACACUUCCUGAAAGGCCUGAAGGUAAUUUGACAAUGCAACUCCCAAACAAUUCAUUGAGGUGUCUGAUUUUUUUUUUUGAGCAAAGGCAGUCCAGCCUUGUACCUAUAACUGCUUAUGAUGAUUUUGAGAGGGCACUACAAGGACCAUUAUUUGCAUACAUCCAGGAGUUUCGUUUUCUGCCUCCACCUCUCUAUUCAGAGAUUGAUCCAAACCCUGAUCAACCCACAGAAGACAGACCAUCUUGUCCCUCUCGUUGAAGGAAUCAUUCACUUGCUGAGUUGACUUGGAUUUUGUGUCGUAUCUCUGCCGUGUUGAGGAUCAUGGCAUUAUGUUGGAGAUGUACUUUCAAAGGAAGCGGUAUUGCUCUUGCCUGUAAAAUGGUGAAUAAGUGAAAACAACCUGUGAUCAUACUUCUGGAGCUAUAGUAUCAUAGGACUGCUCCACUUGCUUGAAGACCUGAGCUUUUUUUCCUUAAAUACUGGCACAUACUAGGAGCAGCCUUUUUAACCUAUGGUAAUAUGUGUCAAAACACUCACCAUGUUGUAAAAGAGGGAUGACAUCCUCUUCUGAUUUGAAAAUUUGCACAUGCGCAUUGCUUAUGUUGUGCGGUUCAGUGUCACUACAGCUUUUUUCAUUUAUGCGGGACUGUUACUCAUUGAAACUUGUUUGUGUUCCGCACAACAAGGAGCAAAAAGAAAGCUUUGAGAAAAACUUGACAAAUGCACUGACUUUUUUCUUUUAAUUUAAUGUAGCCUGGACUUUACCUGCAUAUGCACAUGCUCAGAAUUGUCCUAGUAGGCUGAUCAUUUAUCACCUCUUCAGCUUGGAUCCUAUUGUGGAUUUAUCACAAACAUCAAAUGCCUUCAAGCCAAUCCUUCUUGCUGUAUGUUUUGCAGCCUACUGUAGUAGAUAAGCAACAGUAAUGUGGAAAAAAUAACAGAAGAAGAAGAGACUUCUGCAAGAUUGUAUACCUUCUUGAUUUCUUUUAAGAAUUUGUUGCCUUUCUACUAUUACCGCAAAGAAGCAUUUUGUUACAGACUGCCUAAAAAAUCACUUAAUCUCAGGUGAACUCAUCACUUGCCAAACUGUUGGAAUGCUAUGUGUGUUUUGUUAUGUUGCACUGUUACUUUUUUUUCUUUCUUUCUUUUUUUUUUUUAUUAUUAAAGGAGGAUUUUUUUAAAAAAA